UUAGCAAGGUCACCUGCACACCAAAGAGGCAACGGCCAACAUCAGCGAAUUACGCCAACCUCCCAGGCUGGGUUACAGGGAGGAGAAGAGCACGAAGGUUAAGAAAAUGUUGCGAUAUAAUACCAAAAUUGGCAGCUUUCGCGCGAUGAACACCACUGCCAGGGAGGGAGCGCACCAAGCCAAAUACGGUGCCAACAAACUACUCAAAUCGUUUUCGAGCACAACGGGACUGUAACGAAAGCAAGGGGGUGAACGGUCGAGAGAGGCAAGAGCACACAAGUGCACAUCAAUAUUAAUGCAAGAAGGUAACAGAGGCCCCUAUAUUAUAUGAGCCCUGAUACCUCCUAUUAAUUUGUUUCCCUUCCCUUCCAUGAUGGCUUCCAAAUUUGAAGACCCCGAUGAUAGCAGGUUACUUACUCAGAGCCCACCACCCUCUUACGAUAACAUUUCUACACUUGUGUCAUCAGCAGAUUCCACCAAAGGUACUAACAGACAACUAGUACCACCAUUCAGACAGUUUUUGUCAUCUGUAUUUUCCUACCGACAGAGACGGAAAAUGGUCCUAUCUCGCAUCCGUGAUAUCGUCUCCGCUCCUGAUUUUAUCCCCUCUUCUAUUGCCCCAGUCAUCGAAACCUGUGUUACUCAGGCUGCUUUCUCGCCUGCGGAUUUUUCUAACCUCUUGCAAACACCCAUCAUCGAAGGUCAUACGGCGAUGUAUUGGGCGGUUAUGAAUCAUCGAUGGGAGGCUGUGUCUGCAUUUGCUGCCUUCAUCCCCCGAUUUUCGUCUGUUUGCUUCAAUGACUUGCGCCUCGCGUGCAUGAUCAUUAAUGACCACGCAUCGUUUGCGCAGCUGAAUUUGGGACGCGUGAUCAAUUCCAAGGACGAAUCAUUGAGACGCCUUCUGAAUUGUCCACCAGAUGAGGUUCAGGUCCAGACAGGGGAUAAACUGUUGGAGAACAAGUUCGUUGCUUGUCUCCGUAUCAGGAUGUUCCAGAAACGCCUGCGCAUGGCUCAGGUACUGGGCAUAGAAUUUGUCGCCGGGGGGCGUAUAUGGGUGGUGUAUUUCUGUACAACGCCUUCAAUGAUCGGGUGGUACAUCAGCCUGCGUCUUUCGCGGCAUAGCUCGCCCGCACGUCCGGAAAUCGUGCUCGUUAUCAAGGCACACGGAGGGGUUAAACCUGGCUGGUGCCGUGCAACUCGAUCUCAAGAUUUACGAGUGACGGAUGAUGACUCGACAGAGCCCAUACUUGCACCUAAGAGAUUGGCCAGAGUGCCACAAGCAUAUCUCGCCUUCGACUGUGUUUUUGGUGACAAGCUCAUAAACUGAGACGAAUACAAUUUAUCUCGACUGCGAUGGCACUCUACAUAUAAAUCUAGAGAUGACAUUGAGAUAGUGUUUUUCUACAGUGAAGUGGUCUGCAUGUCGUCCAAUACACUUUUUUUUACCUAUAUAACGCGAAGAGCCGCUCGUGGCGGAGCCCGCUACCCGCCACACUUGAUUCAAAUCUGUGUUACAAAUGCAAGUAGUUGGCGAAACUGCAGACGGUUACAAAUACAAGGAAGACAGUCGAUUCCUCCAAUAAAGGAUUACCUCAUGGACCACCCUUCAAG